GCGGCGGCGCCACGGUUGGCUGCAGCCGCCGCUCGUCGGCCAGCGGAGCCCGCCUCCAGGCCCCGCGGCGGUCCGGGAGGGGGGGGGACGCGCGACGCCGGCCGCGGGCGGCCCGGGGCGGGCGGGGAGGGCUCGGCUGCGGCACUCAGUGUCCCCGCGGGACAGCCACACGUCAUGGUGGACUACUACGAAGCGCUGGGGGUGAGCCGCAAUGCCACCGCCGACGACAUCAAGAAAGCGUACAGGAAGGCCGCGCUGAAAUGGCACCCGGAUAAAAACCCAGACAACAAGGAGUACGCCGAGCAAAGGUUCAAGGAGAUCGCCGAGGCGUACGAAGUGCUGUCGGACAAGCAGAAGCGCGAUGUCUAUGACCGUUACGGCAAGGACGGACUCAUGGGGGCAGGACCAGGGGGCUCCAGGGCCGAUGCCGGGGCCCCCGAAUUCACCUUCACCUUCCGCAGUGCUCACGACGUCUUCCGGGAGUUCUUCGGCGGGCGAGACCCCUUCGCUGACUUCUUUGAUGAGAUGCUGCCCUUCUCCGAGCUGCGAGGACCUGGUCCCCGGCACCACGGGGGAGGCCACUUCUUUUCCUCCUUCCCAGGAUCCUCAGAUUUCUUCGCCUCGUCGUUCAGCUCCGGCGCCGACGCAGGGCUGGGCUUCCGCUCCGUCUCCACCUCUACCACCUUCGUUAAUGGCAGGCGCAUCACCACCAAGCGGAUUAUCGAGAACGGGCGGGAGCGGGUGGAAGUGGAGGAGGACGGGGAGCUGAAGUCAAUCCACAUCGAUGGCGUCCCUGACGACAUGGCGCUGGGGCUGGAGCUGAGCCGGCGGGAGCAGCAAGCCUUCCCCAGCCCACGGCCCCCCUCACCCCCACCGCCCGCCCCGCACCGGCCCCCGAGCUCCUCGCCCGUCUGCCUCUACACGGACAGCGAGGACGAGGACGAGGACUUGCAGCUGGCCAUGGCCUACAGCCUCUCCGAGAUGGAGGCUGCGGGGCACCACCAAGCAGGUGGGCAUGGCCCCGGCGCCCUGCCGGUGCCGGGGGGCAGCCCUGGCACCCCGUCCUCUGCCCGCAGAGCCCAUGGUCCCCGGGGGGGCCCAGAGCGGGAACCGCCGGGGGCCGGCAGCCCCGCCACAGUGGGGCACGAACCUGUCCCCAAAGCGAAGCAGUGGCACUGCCCCCUGCUCUGAGCGUGGGGCUGGGGUUGUGCCCCCCCACCGAGGGACAGGGAGAGGAAAGGAGGGGUGGGGUCUCGCUGCCUGGGGCUCGGCUCCUGCCUCCCCCAGCAAGGGAGGGGGUCUUUCCUGCCCUGCCUCCUUGCUGCUGCUCAGGUGGGUGGGUGGCUGGUGGCACCCCGGGGUGGGGGGCUGCCAGAGUUGGGGGUUGUGGCUGGAAGAGGGGCCCUUGGUGGGGUCCCGGGAAGAGGGGCAGUUCCCUGCCCUGGCUGCUGGAAGCAUGGGGUGCCCGCGGGCAGGCAUGCCCCAGCUCUGCCUGCUCCUGUCUCCCUGCCUGCCCUGCAGAUGGGCAGGGGCUCCAGCUGGUGCCUCCCUGGCUGCUGCCUGCCCCUGCCCAGGCUGGGGAGUACUGGGUUGGGCUCUCCCUCUUUGCAAGGAGGUGUGUGCACGUGGGCUCUGCUUGGUGCUUUGUGUCUGUCUCUCCCCUCUGGAUGCUGUCGCUCCUGCCUGUACCCCUUCCUCCUCCUCUGUCCUCCCCAUCGCAGACCCUGCCUGGUCACCCCCCUUCCCUAUGCCUUGCACACCCUGCAGGGCACUGUCACCCCCCCCCCCCCCAGCCUUGGCCUGGGGGUACUAUCCCUCCCUGCUUCCCGCAGCAGCAGUGACCCUCAGUGAUGCUCAGAGGCAUUCCCACCCUCACCAUUGCCCGUGGUCCUGCCUUGGCUCUCCUCCUCCUCCUGUGACCUUCCUCCCUCCCUCCCUGCCCCUCCCCAGCCCUGGGCCGAGGAGGGUUUCACGGGUGCUGUUGUGUCCCCCCCUCCGCUUGUCU